GCAGCAUCACUACAGCAGCACGGGGUCCAACUCACAGGUGCUUUUCUCCGCUGCUGUUUGACAAAUCUGGCACCAGAACUAGGCUUCUAGGUCUUUUGUUCUGAAAUUAAAAGCACCGGGUCGAUCACCGGGAGAGGAAUUCAACAAACACACCCGAGGGAUUAACGGGAUUUGUACUUGGAGGAUGUGUGGUAUGGACGUGGACCUGGACGAUGGAGGUUCAGGAGAGGAGGAGAAAGAGGAGGAGUUCUGGAUCGGGGAGGGAGUGAAGAUGCUGCCCCCUCCCGUGGCCCACAGCGGGGGCAGCGCGUGGGGAAGCCGCAGGGGCAGGUGCGGCUGCGUGGCCUGCGGGGCAGGUCUCAUCCUUUGGAACCUGUGCGUCGUCUUGGCCAGCACUCUGCUCCUGGCUGUGGUCUUCUCUGUGGUGCUGCUGCCUGCAGUGCUGCUGCUGUACAUCGGUUUCCUCUGCCACUCCAGGGUCCUUGACUCCCCCUCUGCCAUCUGCCGUUACCUUGACGACAACAGCUGCUCCGCCCUCAUCAUCCUGGGCUUUGUGAUGAUGUCACCGCUGGUGGUCGUGGCAGCCGCCGUCUUUUGCGGGCUGCUCCGAAGGUUUCGACUCCUGCUUCUCAUUCAGCCAAUCUCACGUGCUUGGUACCGAGGGCGACUGCUGGACUGGGCGGGCAGCAUCCACGCCUGGGUCUGA